AUGGCGGAGCGGGCGCUGCGGCGGGAGUACGAGUCGCGGCUGGCGGCGCAGGGGCAGCCGGCGGCCUGCGCCGACCCCGCGCUCAAGGCCCGGGCGCGGCGGCUGCUGGGCGCGGGGCGCCGCGGGGCCCUGGACGUGCGCGCCGUGGCCGAGCGCUGCCGGCGGGCGCGGGGCGGCCGCGCCCUGCGCGACCUGCUCAAGGCGCUGGAGCUGCUGGAGCUGCUCUGCGUCAACCUCCUGCUGUGCCCCUGGCGCCGGGAGAUCCGCUCCCUCAAGACCUUCACUGGGAAUUUUGUCUACUACAUCCAGCCAGUGCUGCCGGAGGACAUUGUGAAAGAACUCCUGGAGAAAAUAGGUUAUGUUGCAACUACAGCAACAGAGUUUUCACUUGUCAAAAAGAGAAACAAUGAGGAGACAAAGCAGACUGCAUUUGAGAUAUUCCUGGCAAGAAUCGAGUGUGAAGCCAUCCUCGAGAUGACAAAUGAAGAAACACGUGGCAGUUUGGAGAUGAGCCUGCAGCAGGGCACACAGACACAUCAGCAUCGAGGAGAGGAGGAUGAGGAACAUCAGACACCCCAGAGAGGAGACACUGAAAGUCUGGGAAAUGAAGGGAGCAGUGAGACACCUUUGUGCCUUGUCCCGCAGCAGGAGCAUUCAGCUACCUGUGCUGCAUCCUUUGAAGCUGCUGGGAGUGCAAGGAUCAAAGGGGACGUGGCUCAGUCAGCAGCUGCUGCAUCCCCCAGCAGCCUCCAGGCGCCUCUCCCGGGCAAGGGCUCAGACAGCGAGGACUUCCUGAUCAAAUACAGCGACAUUGUCAUAGCACAAACACCAAUCUUCAGCGAGAGUCCCUCUCCAAAGGCUUUGGAGAAGGAGCCAAGAGCCAGGCCGAGUGAGGAGUGGGCCUUGGCAGGGGCUGCAGAGCUGGCUGCACGAGCCCUGGCGCCUGCGCCUCUGUCCCCGGGAGCCAGCGGCCCCCCAGCCUUUGCCAUGUUUGCUGACAGCUCCUGUGACAGCAAAACCACCUUGGAGUUUGAAGCUCCAGGAGUCCCAGCAGGAUCAAUUGAAGCAGAAAUUAAUGAUGCCAUAAAUUGCAUAGACCCAGCCCCUGGUGAUGAACCCACUGAGCUGAAGUCUCUGCCCUACAAGGACUUUUCCUCUGCCCAAAACUGCUGCAUCCCCAGGGAAGAGGACAAUUGUGAGAUGUCUUUAACCUUCACAGAACUACAAAUCAAGGAUGCUCAGGAAGAACUUAUGUAUCCAGUAGAGGAAAGUGGCCAGCCUGAGGCAGUGACCUAUGCAGGAAGAAGUGACAGGCACAUUAACGAAUUUAAUCACUCCCAAAUAAAACAUACAUACCUGACUGAUGCCGAGGUGCACAAGAGAGCAGCGUCACACCCUGAGCCACCUUCAGGUCUGUGCUGUACUGCUGGGCACACAGAGGAUUCCACAGCUGGUUCUGACAGCAAGAGACUGUUUGUGGAUCCUGCUAAGGGACACCCAGCUCCUGAGUGCUUCAGGCAUGUCAGAGAGCCCCCCAACCUCACUUACAUCCCCCCCAAAAGCAUUGAUGUGCCGCCCUCACACGGGGGCAGGAGCAGCCUGGGGCAGCCUGCAGGGGACUCUGCUGGAGGCAGGGAAGGGAAGCUGGAGCACUGCAAUUCCCAAGAGACUGACAGCCAGGAGCCUUAUGUCAUCAUUGACAGAACCGACCAGGCAGGGCUGUGCCACCACCCCUGAGUCUGGAGUGCUUUAUCUGUCAUGGCCUGGGGGGGACUGUCCUCUCACCUGUGGCCUUGAUCCUGUUGCCAGGGAGAUGAUUAGCUCUGUCACGGCAGAUCUAAACCCCAAACCACAUCACUGCUUUGGGACAGUAAAUAGUUACACAAAUUCCUAAUGGUUCCUCUCACAAGGAAACCUGAAUGGUCACCUUUUUAAAGGGUAGGCAAACUUCUAUAAAUUUAUAUCCAUUUAAUUAAUCAGUCAGAUUCCUUCUGGCUGUUCUUAAUGCCAGACAGGUUUCUUCAGCUGGGCAUCCUACUUCUCUUUUUUACCUUCACAGACCUAUUCCUGGAAUACUCUUCCAGUACAAGGUAAAUUCUUCUAAACUGGAAGAAAUGCCAUACUGGACUGUACUUUUGUUAACUCUGCAUUCCUGUCAAGCUGUGUCUGAGCUAAUCUUCCUCCUGACUUCAGCUGAAAACAGGUUUAGAAAGUUUGAUAACAUUCCUUUAGCUUUAAAGAGGGAAAGAGAUAUGUGAACAUUUGGUUUUGUAGAGGCAUUAACCUGUGUUAUAGGUUUUAUAUCUAAUCAAUAUAUAACCAUUUGUUACCAAAGUAUUUUGUGGCCACCACCACAAUCUCCAUGAGAAGCCUUUGAGCACUGUAACUGUUCAGUGCCACCAGCAGAGAGAGGUCCAGCUGCAGCUGCCAUUUCCCUUGCCCCUGCUCCUGACAGUUAAUUCUGCACAGAAUUUUUCUGCAUGCCAGUUAAUCUCAUAAAAUGAAGAGAAAAAAAGUCUCAUUCUUCACCAUUUUAAUGGCAGGAGAAAAAAUCUGCUCAGAAAAGGAUCCCAGUGAGCAGCAGAGGCAGGGAUAUCCUGCAGGUGGGAGUGCUGUGUGGAAAGCUGUGUUGGAUCAGCUGGAAGCUGGGGUCCCAGCACUGAGAGCCUGUGACACACAGCUCUGAAUUCAUUUAGGAAAGCACACUGCUGCUGUGCUCAGGCACAGUCUCCAGUGCUUCUUUAUACAAGUACCUCCAGAGGGUGUCAGAGGGUGAUGCCCAGCAGCAGGACAAGGAGCAGUUUUCCUAAACUAAAACACAAAAGAUUUCAUCCCAACAUGAGGAAGAACUCGUUUGCCUGGAGGGGGCAGAGCCCUGGAGCAGUUGCCCAGGGAGCUGUGGAGUCUCCCUCUCUGGGGCAAUCCAAACCUACCUGGACACACUCCUGUGUCACCUGCUCCAGGUGACCCUGCCUGGGCAGAGCUUGGACUGGGUGACCUCCACAGGCCCCUUCCAACCCUACAAAUUCUGUGACUCUAUGAUACACUUGUUACCUAGAAAGACACUUUAAUACUGCUUCAAGUAGCUUUUUCAGUAGCACUGAAAUGUGUGCUGGUUUGGGCUGGGGUAGAGUUAAUUUUCUUUACAGUGGUUAAUAUGGAGCUUAGUUCUAAAUGCUAAAAAAUGCCUUUCAUACAGAGUUAAAACAUAUUAGCUGAAACUAAUUUUGUAUUAAUUGUUUAUAAUUGACUUUCAUCCCAGAAAAAAAUCGGAGGAGCACACAUGGAUUAGACUAGAAAAACCUCAGGAACUAAAAUAUAAAAAUUUGCUUUUUGAAGACCUAAUGGUUGAAAUUCUGUCAUCCCCUGAUUCCAUCAGUGUAAGAGAAACAGAAUUUGCCCAAGGUAACAGCAAGGGACAGGACUGCCUUCAGCUCUGGGUGGGCUUGUGAGAAAUGGGUGUUAGGAACAAAAAGCCUUCACAGGGCCGUGUCCUGACCAGUAACAGUGGCAUCCUGUAAUAAGAUUCUCUGACAUUUUCUGUGCUGUGCAAAAUGUAUGUCCAUAGUGAAAUUAGAAUUAAGAACAAACUACAGAUGACUGAGCUACAAACAUACAGAACCAUUUCCAAAUAAAUUGUUCUUUUGGACUCUUAGAGAAGAAAAAGUUUUGAAAGUCUCAAGAAUAUCUGGUGUCCCCCUACAAAGAAGCUGCAGUAAGCCUUGCUUUUAAGCUGGAAUUCUAAAGAUUUACAAGAGAGUGGCAGAAUGGCAUUCCUGCAAUCACAAGUUUUAGUACUAGCUUAGUACUUCACUAGGAAAUGCUCUCUCUGUGCACUUUCUAUUCUUAAAUUGCAGUGAUUUAGAAAACAAACAGCUGAUCAGAAUAACUGGAAUAUCAGAAUAAGUUGCAGUUCCUGACUGAGAGUUCUUUAAGUGCAAUGGGUUUUAGGCAAACCACAACCCUUCAAAAGCACCACCAUCAGAUAUUGUUGAAAAGCCACAUAACUGUUUCUGUCCUGCACUAAGUGCCUGACAAAUGUCUGUAUAAAGUGAUCAAAGUGCUAAUGAAGCUUUGCUUGUUCCAGCUAAACCAACCAAAACCAUCAGGGGAAAAACAAAUUCUGUACUUCUGGGAUCAUUCCUCUAAAAUUACCCAGAAAAUCCAUGGGAGAGCAGUCUGAGUGCUGCAGUGAAAGGAUUGCCCUGAAGGCAACACCCAGAGGGUAAGGCACAAGUGAAGGGCAACUCUGCACUUGUUUUGACAAGUCCAGGAAUGAAACCCCACUGGUUUUCUCUACUCUCCAAGUACUUUCAGGUCAUAAUAAAUUGAUUGUGACAUAAACCCAAAAAA